GCCGCCGCCGCCGCCGCCACCGAUCGCGCCCAUGUCCCAGCUGUUUGCCUCCAUCACGGCGGCGGUCCGGCCCUCCGGGCCCCCGCACGCAGCUUUCUUCAAGACCACUGUCCAGGAGCUGGCAGCCACGCGGGAGGCCAAGCGCAACGCGCCUCUCCUGGAGGCCUGCCAGUCGGUUGUUGACGCCGACUUUUCGCUUCUCUCCCCGCACGAGAUCUUCCGGCCGCUGUAUUUGGCUUGCAUCCUGCCGUCCUUCUCUUCCCGCAUCGUGGCCCGCGCCUUGGACACCAUUCAGCGCCUGGCCCUGGCCGGGGUUUUUUUCUCCCGGUCGGAUCUGGCCCCCUUGCCGCCGGACCCGGCGGCUCAGGCCGCUGACCAGGCGGCCUCUCAGCAGAGCCGCGGCCUGCGCGGGGCCUUCUCCCCCGAGGUGGGCCUGGCGCGUGUCAUCGAUCUCCCGCCCGAGGCGGCGCUCAUCGACCAGGUGGUGGCCACCGUGUGCAGCUGCUAUGUCGGGCCCCAUACCGAGGACCAGAUCGAGCAGCAGGUCCUCAAGUGCAUUAGCUCCCUGGUGACCUCGCCCAACAGCACAGUGCGCGGUGCGUCGCUCCUGCUGACCAUCCGGUGCUGCCUGGUCAUCGCCUCGACCUCGGUCGGAUCGUCGACCACGGCGGCCGCCAGCCUGGCAUCCUUCAACGCGGCCAUCGACAGUCUCGGCUUGGCCUCGACCAGCUCACUGCGGAGCCUGUCCUCGGGGACCUCUUCCGAGCCGGGGUCCCCGCACCCGGGGUCCGCCUCGCCUGCUGCCGGCCCUGCCGCCGCCGCCGCCGCUCCCGCCACCAGCUUCACCUUUACGAGCGCGAUGGUGCCGCCGCAGCUGGGCGGCGCCCCGCCGGCCAGCAUCAACCACAUGACCGCGCGCGCUCUGCUGGAGCAGAUCAUGCAAGUGGUCCUGUCCCGGGUCAACACCGAUAAGGCCUCCAGCCUGUCGAAAUUGUCCUCCUGUUACUCUCUCAGCAGCGAGGCCGGCCCCGAGGGCGGGUCUCCCGCGGCAGAUGCCACGGAGGAUGCGGCCGGCAGCCCGGUGCUGGCCGGUGCGCCGUCUGUUCCGGCCUCGCCGCUUGGUGCCACCGGCCCGGGCUCCGGCGGGCGGGGUGCCACCGGCAAGCAGGACGCCUCGCUGGAGGCCUCUCAGGCCUUUGCCGACCUGCUGGUCCAGUGCACGGAUGCCGAGUCGGAUGCGAUCAUGGUCUUCCGGGACCUGUGCCGUAUCACCAUGCGCGGGACCAUGCCCCUGCCGCCGUCCGUCUUGGGCGGGGUUCUGCGUCUGUCGGAAGACCCGCCCAUGGCCGACUAUGUGGCCCUCGUGGAGCAUGCCGGCAGCGGUGGCCCAGACGACGAAACCGCCCCCGGGACCCUGGCCGGUCAGACCACCGAGUCCCUGCGGACCCUGGCACUGGACCUGCUCCGGCAGAUCCUCGACUCGGCACAGCUCAUCAGCCCGGGCCCGGAGUUCCACCUGUCCGCGACGGACAUCCUGCCGGUGCCCGGGUCCAGUGCCCUGCUGUCGGGCCUUUGCCGGGGCACUUUGGCCGAAGUGUGGGCCGGCUUGCGGAGCGGCCCCCAUGGCGGGCCGCCCCUGCCGGAUCUGCGGGCGCUUCUCUGCACGGCGGCCAUCCCGGUGUGGCGUCCCUCGCCCGCGGCGCAGACCCUUCUGCUGGAUUCGGUGCGCGAUUGCCUGGUCCCGGCUUUGGCCCGCCAUGCCGGGCACAUUUCCCACUCGGCAGCCAUCCCCCCCUGGCAGGCCACCUCCAAUGCCCAGGGGCUCGGGCCGUCCAUGGCCCAUGUGGCCCUGACGGCCAUCGAGGCCGGGGAUCUUGGCAGCGUGGCUGGCCGGCACAUGCCCGGCUCGCAGCUGGCCCCGCCGCAUGUCCUCCAGGGCGCCUCGCCCGGGGCCGGUGAUGGGCUGCUGGUGCCGGGCCGGGACCCGGUCUUCGAGGCGCCGGCCGGGCCGAUGGCGCUGCAGCGCGGCGCCGCCUGGACCGUGCACGCCCCGCACGCCGAUCGCUUUGUCCUUUCGCUGCACAUCUUCCACAGCCUCAUCAGCCGGUGGUUCCCGGUGCUCAGUGACCCCUGCCGUGCGCUCUUUUCGCAUCUGCUCUUUGCGCCGUUGACCACAUGGCGCAGCCCGCCGGCCCCCCUGCGCCGGGCCAUCCUGGACUCGCUGUUUUUGGUGAUCUACGCCUGGCCCGGGCGCCUGGUGGAUUUCUAUGCCAACUUCGAUUGCAGCGAUCGGCUGAUGGCCGCCGACUCGUUGGUUUUCUCGCGCCUGGUUCUCAUCCUGCGCGGGGUGGCCCUCGGCGACCUCGGCCGGAAUGUGGCCGCGCGUGGUCUCUUCGGCGCGGGCCUCUCGCCGGCCGGGGUGUCCCUGCGGGCCAUGGCCGCGGCCGACGGCAAGUCCGGCUCGGGCGGCGCGGCUUCCGGCCCGGGGGGGUCCCUCCGCCUGACCGGUCGCACGGCAUCGCAGAAUGUCGCCGCCGAAGCGGCGGCCGCCGCGGCGGCGGCCGCUCCCCCGGCCAGCGCCUCCGCCUCCGCCUCCGAGCAUGAUGACCAUCCGCAUGCCGGUGAGGAGCUGACUGCCUCGCAGGUUCAGCUGCUGGUGCAGGCGGCCGGCGCGGCCGCCACCGAGGGCACCCACUUGCGCCUGCGCGCGGUCGAAUGUCUGGUUGCCCUUGUUUCGGCGCUGGCCGUGUGGCAGCGCCGGCAGUUCCAGGACCUGGAGGCCGGCAUCGCCCCGAGUGCGUCGGCGGCCCCUGCGGCCCAGCUCGCGGCGGCCUUCGAUCGCAAGCGACGCCUGCUGGCCGCGGUGGGGGUGCUGAAUCGGUCCCAAUCGCGCGGGCUGGCGGCCCUGACCCGGCCUUCGUACCCGGAUGGCCGGGCUCUGCUGGCCCCGGUGUCGGAAGACCCGCGCGGCUUCGCGGAGUUCCUGUCCCGCGCGGCGGCCGGCAAUGGCUGCGCUCCGCGCUAUGUCCAGGGUGUCGGUGGUGCGGCGUCGGCCCUGUGCAAGCGGGUGCUCGGCGAGCUGCUGAGUGACGCGUCGCCGGCCCUCGGCGGCCUGCUCGGGGCCUUUGUCGCGGACCAGACCCCCUCCAUGAGUGGAGUUCCCUUUGUGGAUGCCCUGCGCGGCUUCCUGCAGCCCUUCCGCCUGCCGGGCGAGGCCCAGCGCAUUGAUCGCAUCAUGCUGGCCUUCGCCGAGCAAUAUUACUCCUCGAAUGCGGCCCUGGCCAAGGAGCUGGCGGCCGAGGCGCGCCCCGGGACCCCGGCCGGCCGGGCGUCGGCCAUCAACUCCAAUGAUGCGGCCUACAUCCUGGCCUUCAGUGUCAUCAUGCUGAAUGUCGACCUGCACAGUCGCCAGGUGAAGAAGCGCAUGUCCCUGGACGAGUUCAUCCGGAACAACCGCGGCAUCAACACCGGCGGCACGGACCUGCCGAGCUGGUUCCUGGAGGAGGUGUACCAGGACAUCCGCCAGCGUGAGAUCGUCAUGGAGCCGGCCACCACACAUCUGGACAUCACCUCCUCGGCCGAGGCGGGCGCCCCGCCGCGCGCGGCCGCCGAUCCGCUCUUUGCGCGGGACAUGUUGGACUUCAUUUGGCCGAGCCUCCUCCGGGUGGCGUAUGUCGGGUGUGGCGUCCUGCCGCCCCAGUCUUCCUUCCUGGCUCUGCCCGCUGCCGGGCCGGAUCCCACGGGAGCCGUGCUUCUGGAGGGCAUGUGGCCGGCGGAGCUGCUGGGCGACGGGCUGAGCCAGCGCGGCGCGCCGGUCUCCGGCUCCGAGGCCCUGUGCGCCCUGAAUGAGGCGGCCUCCUCCAUGGCCUUCUCCAUGUCCACGCUGGCCAUUCAGCUGUCCGCUCACAAUGGCCUGCAUGUGAGCCUGGCAUCGUGGAUCCGCGCCCUGGCCGGGGCUACGGGCUGCUUGCCGGCGCUGCAGCAGGCGGUGGCCACCAUGCCGGCCGCUCAGGGCGCCCCGGCGGCCGGACUGCCGCCGGCUCCGCCGGGUGCCGCCGCCGCCGUGGCAGCCGCCGCCGCCGCCGCCACCUCGCCGGCUGUCCUGUCCUCGUCGACCUCGACCCCGGAGCACCCGGCCCAGUCGUCGGACCCGGCGGCCGGGCCGCCAGCCGCCUCGGUCGUUGACAGUGCCUCUCGCACGUCCCUCGCGUCGGUGGGGUCCUCCUCGCAUGACCAUGAGGCCGACACGAUCUCGCUGGCCAACUCGAUCGGCGGCGAGUCGCCCACCGCCCAUGCGCCGGCCGAGGAGGACCAUCUGGAUGUGACCACCGCCGAGUCGCCCACCGGGGGGGACUUCGGCCCCGAGGUCGGGGCCAAUGGCGAUGCCAAGUCGCCGGAUCGCGCCUCCUUCACCGGGUCCAUGGAUCAGGCCCUCGCAUCGCAGCAGGCCCCGGCGGCCGGGGCCGCGGCGCCGGUGGACAGUGCCGCGCCGCGCACCCUGUCGGCGCUGUUCACGCCGCCGGUGGCCAGCGGUGCCCCCUCGACGCCAGUGGCCCAGCGGACGGCCUCUGCCCCGGGGGCAGGCACCCCCGCCACCGUGGCCCGGCGCCGGCCCAAGCGCCCCUUCACCCCGACGAACCUCGGCGUCCGCAAUGCCCGGGCUCUGAUUGCCCUGCUGGAUUGCGCUCGCGCCGAGUUGGCCGGCAAUUACCUGGACCAGCUGGAGUGGCGCUUCAUCGCCAUGUGCCUGUCGGCCGCGCUGCGGUUCAUCAACCGCUCGCAGAACCAGCUGGUUGCUCGCCAGACGCCAUUGGCCUUGGGCGAUGUGCCGGCCGAGGAGGCCCUUCUGGACGACCUGGGCCUGGCCUCGGACAAGUUCCUCUCCAACAGUGUGUCCCUCUCGAUGCCGGCCGUGGAGAUGCUGUUCAACAGCAUGAUUCGCGUGUCGAAGCUCGAAAUCGACGACGUGCUGACCCUCACCCGGCAGGAGGUCUCGCUGUCGGCCCCGGAGGCGGUUCCGCUGUCGCUCCUGUCGCUGGAGAAUGUGGUCAUCCUGGCCCUGAACAACCUCCUGGCGCGGAGCAUGGUCACCGGCGAGUCGGCUCGGUCGCAGCAGGUGCCGGUCCCGGCGGCGGUGGCCCUACGCGGGGCGACCCCGGCCCCGGCCUUCCCGGCCACCGGCGCCUGGGACCCCACCGGUGCCUGGCGCAGCUUGUGGAAGCCGAUCGGCUUGCACUUUGAGCGGUCCAUUGUCACGGCCCUGACGGUGGUGGUGCAGACGGGCAUCAGCACGCCGCCUCCGCCGGAGCCGGCCGCCGGGCCCACCUCUGGCAGUCGCUCCGGCGGGACCCUUGGCCGAAAUGCCGGUGGCACGGUCGGUCGCAAUGCGGCGGCGGCGGCGGCCACGGCCGGUCCUCCGCCGACCGCCAUCCAGGCGGCCCGGCUGCUGGCCGCUCGUGCUCGAACGGUGGCCCACCUGCUGGUGGACAGCCUCCGGCGCCUGGCGACCAAGCUCCUGCCGCGCGAGGCGGGCCUCUUCCCGGCGGCCAUGGCCUCGGCCACGGACUUCGUGGCCGGCGAGUCGGCCCUGGCCGCCAUGGCCGCGGAAUUGGCCGGCAGCGAGUCGGCCCUGGCCCAGGAGGUGGCCGGCUUCCUGGCGCGCGGGGCGGCGGCCUCCCCCGGGGGAAGUGUCGCUCCGAUCACCGGCACCGGUGCCGCCGCCGAUCUGGCCACCCUGCCGGGGUUCAUCCAGGCGGACUUGGCCCUGGGUGGCUUCCAGGGCCAGCUGCUGGCUCCCUUUGCCAAUGCCUUCCUUUACCGGCUGCCCUUCUCCACGGCCGGGUCGCUGUUGAACCCCUCCGGCGGGGGCCGUCUCGCGCUGGAGUCCCCCUCGGAGGGGGACGACCUGUCGGCCACGGCGGUCAGCGGCCAGCCGCUGCACUAUCGCCCGGCGGCGCACGGCCAGCUGGCCUACUCGUCGCUGUCGUCGCUGGCGGCGGCGGCCUUCUCCGGGCCGGGGGCCGGGGCCCUGGCCGUGGAUUCGGACUCGGGGCUGCUCUCCCCGGCGGACAUCGACUCGCCCACGCGCGAUCAUGAAGCCGACCCGCUUGCCAAGUUCGACUACAUCGACGAUGCGCUGCCUGGCGGGUCGAUGCCAGUGGACCUGAAGGAGAUCGUCGUCGAGUGCAUUUGCCAGUUGAUUCGGUCGUAUGGCGAGCAGAUGACCGGCGCGUGGGUGCCAAUUUUGGCCAUCCUGCGCGCCUGCUCGCGCGAGCGUUCCUUCAACAUCUUCAAGUCCGCCCAUGCCGGGCUGAGCCUGGCCGUGCAGCGGCAUUUCCUCGGCGUGGUCACCGGCGCCUCGAAUGCCCCCCAACGCCACCAGUACACCGUGCUGCUGUCGGCCCUGACGGCCUUCGCCACGCCCGGGGCCCUGACCGACUCGCUGGCCGCGAGGUCCGGCUCGGUUGGCGUCCUGUCCGGCAAUUACGACGCACUGGCCCUGAAUGCCAUCGGCCUGUUCCGGCAGAUCUCCGUGCACAUUGCCAACAUCGAUGCCGCUCGGCAGGAGUGGGCCAUGGCCGGGGCGGCCAGCCUGCCGGCGCUGGCGUGCAAUCUCUCCGGCAGUGGGUUCCUCCUGCGCUCGCCCGUGCAUCGGGAUCAGGCGCUGGCCGAGGCGACGGCCGCCGCCGCCGCCGCCGCCAUGGCGGCGGCGGCGGCGCCCGGCGCGGCCGAUGGCGGGGAUGCCGACCUGUCGGCCUUCAGCCGGGCGGUGUGCUUCUGGCUGCCGCUGCUGGCGGCGCUCACGCGCGUGGUCCGCCGCGGGGAGGCCGAUCCCCGGACCAAGGCCGCACAUGCGCUCUUCGGCCUGCUGAAGAAGCAUGCGGAGGACUUCUCCGCCGGCUUCUGGUCGGUGGUCAUGCGUGCCAUCAUUCUGCCGCUCAUCCGGCCGGCUUUGUGGUCGUUGGACCCGCCGGGCCGGCAUGGCGGCGGGCCGGUGGCGGCGGCGCCGGCGGCGGCCGGGGCCUCCCACCCCCCGGCCCCGUGCGGGGCCGACAUCGCCGAAGACAGUGCGGAUCGUUUGGCGCGGGAAAUCUGCCUCGCGGCCGGGGUGCCCAUCCGGUGCCUGAACACCUCGACGGUGGCCUUCCGCACCCAUGGCGGCCCCGGGUCGGGUGCGGCCUCGCCGCUGGUGGGGUCCGGCAGCAGCGCGGCCACCGCGGUGUCGGCCCCGAGCGAGCCGAACCUCUACCACCUGUCCGGGCUGUCAAGCCAGCUGGCCGACGCGGCCAAGAACUUCGACAUCGAGUGGCAGAGCAUGACCUUCAUGUAUCUGUUGCGCUGCCUGCAGGAGCUGCUGGCCGGGCACUUUACCCUGCGGCUGCGCUCGGACCCCGGCCUGUGUGAUCGGGCCUUCCGCCUGGCGCCGGCCGACAAUCCACAUGGGGCCACCGGGGUGGCGCACCUGGUGGACAUGUCCCUGGUGGUGGAUGCCGACCGGCCGACUCUCGGGGAGGUGCUCUUCCGGCCGAUCAUGCGUGCGCUUUCCCGGUCGGCCAGUGCCUCCUGCGGGGCGGUGAGCACCCAGUCGGCGCGCUUUGCGUGCGACAUUUGGGCCGGCAUCGUCCACCGCCAUGCGCAGGACUUCUCCUCCGGCAUGUGGGCCAUCGCCAUCCAGCCCUGGGGAGCCGGGUCGUGGGGCGGCGUGUGCCACUGGCUGCUGGACAACACUCCGCGUGUGCUGUCGCAGGUGUCAUGGGUCAAGCGCGAGAUUGAGUUGACCACGCGUGCCUUUGCGUCGGAUGUCCAGGCCCUGGAUCCGGCCGGGGUCGAGCAGCAGCGCGCCGGGGCCGGGUUCCUGGCGGCCGAGCGCGCGUGCGCCCGGCUGUCCAACAUCGUCGCCUCGAUCGGGGACGUCUUCGUGUCGCCGGACCGGGCCGUGGUGUGGAACCACAUCAGCACGGCGAAUGCCUUCUGCCUGGUGACCUCGCUGCAGGAGGUUCGCCAGUGGCUGAGCGAGUAUGCCCGGUCGGAGGCGCAUGGCCUGGUGCGGGCCUUGCCGGGGACCGGGUCGCCGGGGUCGCCGGGCGGCGGGGUCCCGGGGGCCGGCGCGUCGGCGCCCGCCUCGCCGGCGGCCAGCGCGCGCAUUCGCCUGCCCUCGCUGCUGGACCAGGACAUUGCGGUCAAUUCCGAGCUCCUGGCCCUGCUGCAGCGUCUGUGGCUGGAUGGGCCACUGCGCGACCGGCGCCUGGGGCUGGCCCUCACCCAGCCGGACACCGGCGAUGCCCCAUGCCUUUGGGCCGAGGUGGAUCGGCUGCUCAUUGACCUGAUGGUGGACCUGCUGGAGCGCUAUUGCCAGCUUCACCGGACCACCCCGGCGCAGCAGUACCUCACCAGUGGCCUGCAGGGGUCCAUUCCCGGGGGGCCGCUCAGCCGGUCGGGCAUCCUGGCGGCCAUGCGUCGCGAAGCCGCGGCCCUGGCGCCGAUCAUGAUUCAGCAGGUGCUGGAUUUCCUGCUUGCCGGGGCUGAGACGUCUUCGGAGGCCGGGGCCGGCUCCAUGGCGGAGGAUGCCCCGCGCACGGGGCGCACCUUCUUCCGUGCCCAUGUGGCCCGGCUGUACCGGCCGCUGGUGCGUCUGGUGGGCUGCGACUCCGAGUGGACCCUGGCGCAUGGGGACUCGGCCGGCGCGGCCUCCGGGUCGGGGAGCCAGUCGGCGACGGGCGACUCGUCGCCCGGCUCGCCGCACGCCUCCGGGCCGGUGCCUCUGCCGGCGCGCUUCCGGGCUCUGCUUGGCCGGGCCCUGCUGACGGUCGAUGUGUUUGUCGGCAUUUCGGCCGGUGCGGCCGGCACCGAGGACCAUUAGCACGUCCAUUCCCGUGGGAACAGGCGGCGCCUGCCGCAAGCCUGUGUCUUCCCUGGGCCGGCAGUGGUGGCGGGGAGGAGGGCCGGGCUCCGUCAGGAGGUAUCCCUGCCCCUCUCUGUUUCUCUCCCUCCCUCUCUCUCUC